CUCUUCGGUCUUAUUUUUCUUAUAAUCUGUAGGAAAAAAUGCAUUCGGGUUGGAAAAACGAGAAUGGAGGGAUCGUUGAUAGCAUUUGUCUACAGAGAUUUACAAAUAGCCACCAAAAAUUUCUCAGAUAAACUGGGAGGAGGUGGGUUUGGUUCGGUUUUCAAGGGGGUACUGCGAGAUUCAUCCAUUGUGGCUGUGAAAAAACUUGAAAGUCUUAGCCAAGGAGAGAAACAAUUCAGGAGCGAAGUCAGCACAAUCGGGACCAUCCAACAUGUUAAUCUUGUACGUCUUCGUGGGUUUUGUGCACAAGGUAGCAGUAAGCUUUUGGUGUAUGAUUACAUGCCAAAUGGUUCUCUUGAUUCUCAUCUAUUCGGUGAAAAAGAAGAUAAUCUUCUUAACUGGAAAACAAGGUAUGAAAUUGCACUUGGAAUUGCAAGAGGGUUGGUUUAUCUUCAUGAGAAGUGCAGAGAUUGUAUAAUCCACUGUGACAUAAAGCCGGAAAACAUUCUUUUAGACGCUGAUUUCUGCCCAAAGUUAGCUGAUUUUGGUCUGGCAAAGCUUGUGGGUCGAGAGUUUAGUCGGGUUUUGACAACUUUUAGAGGGACAAAGGGGUAUCUAGCACCCGAAUGGUUAUCCGGGGUGCCUGUUACAGCCAAAGCAGAUGUAUUCAGCUAUGGAAUGAUGCUUUUCGAGUUGGUUUAUGGUAAAAGAAAUGCUGAGCAAUCUGAUGAUUCAACAAGUAAAUUCUUCCCUAGUUUGGUUGCUAAUGUACUAAUGGUGGGUGGUGAUAUCCUUAGCCUACUAGACAGCAGGUUAAACAGGGAAGCCAGUGUUGAAGAAGUUACCAAAAUUUGCAAAGUUGCAUGUUGGUGUAUCCAAGACGAGGAAGAUAGCAGGCCUUCUAUGAGUUUGGUGGAGCAAAUUCUUGAAGGAGUUUCUGACGUUAACAUGCCCCCGGUCCCACGAACUGUCAAGUUAUUUCUUGAUAACAUGGAGCCUAUUGUCUUCUUCACCGAGUCAUCAUCAAAUGAGAGUCCACAAGUACUGGGCAAUUCAUCAGCUGUGAUUCUGUCUAAGAGCGCAUCUUCUUCAAGGUAAUUGUGUAGGAUAAAAUCUGUAUUAAUUAUGUUCAUAAUGGAUAUGUGUUUUUGUGUUUCAUAUAUGAGAUAUAGUUAGGAAAACUAUGGAUUAUGUUAGAGCCGUUAUUGGUCAAAGU